AAGUAGCUCUGUGAAUUUCAAUCAGGGUCUCAAAAAUCCCAAAUCAACCAUCUUCCUUCAAUGGCGUCCUCUUCACCGCCGAUUUCACUUUCCGAUAACACGCACCUCAUUCCACUCUCCGACGCCCACUCCUCUCUUUCCUCUGUCAUCUACGAUCUUUCGCAGCAAGUGCAAGCUGGGAUGGAAAAUAUGCUUAAGAUGAUCACUGAAAUUGACCAUAGCUCUGGUGGAAUAAUAGAAGACAUUGAGAAAUGCAGAGAGUCUGCUCUUGAGAGGAAAAGAAAUUUAGAGGAUGACAAAGAGCGUUUCCAGAAAGCAGCUUACUCUGUGUUAGACAUGCUGAAUAACAGGGAUCGUAGCUAAAAUUCUGGGGCAGGAUACCGCAGACUUCUUUUGCACAUGUCAGUUUUCAAGAAUGUUGCAGUCAACUUGAUAUGGUUUUAAUGGUAUGUAAAACUUGUCAAAUUCUUGUUGGAUUGAAGCUUCGUACAUUAUCUCAUUGGUUUUUGAUUCACUAAGAUGUUAGGUCCGGUGCAGUUACUUUUUGACAGGCCUUACUUCCAAGAUAUAUACAGUAACCUCUAGGUGUGUUCUAUUAAUCUGAUUUAGUGAUUUUUAUGUGUGACCAUAUAUUCAGUGGUCAUCAUUCUAUAGUCUGCAUAUAAAGUUGUAAGAUUGCAUAUCCACAUUAUUAAGGUGCAUCCUAUAGUCUGUUGAUGGUAUAAGCACGACUGUGCGAUCUGGAUCUUUACAUGCUA